AAACGCAAACACAAACUCUUUUCUUCUCUCUCUCUAUGUUGAAUGCAAUUGCGCAAUUCGAUUGGCGAGAUUGGAGGAGCUUCCGCGUCGCUGUUGGGUGGAAAUUGUGAGUCGUUUAACGGACACAAACCGAUGUGGCUGCGGUGGCGGGCCGGUGGUCCAAGGGUCUAAACGCGGCCGUAUACGAGGUGCGGCUGGCUGUGAACGUGGUCUGUUUCCAUGUCGCGCUACCUCAAAGUCCCGUCGCCGGAGACCAAGCACCUCGUAUCCUUCAAGACCGUUUUCUCUCACCUCGUAUUCCGCUCCACCUCCACUCUUGACUCCGUCUCGCUGGGCGUCGAUCGCGCCCUCGUGGGCGUCUCCUUCGAGACGUCGAGGAUGAGUCUGACGAAUCUCUACCUUACCGACAUGAACUUCAUCAGAGAGUGGCUAUCCAUUUCCCACGCUCUGAAAUCUUUCUCCGUCUCCGAUUUCUGGGUCCAGUCUUGUUGGCGCCGAUCGCAAACCUUGUCCCUCAUCUUCUUCCACCUGUUAGGUCUUAUUCAGGCCAUAAUCUUGGGAAAUUGGUGUGAGGAAUGCUGGUUAUCCGUGGAUGGUUUGUGUUUGAUGACCAACGUUGAGACAUUUGACCCUUGAGUUGUGAGACUGGAUGAUGAGGACUUAAGCAGGAUAUGCUGUUUCCCUAAUUUGCCUCAACUCAGUCUUAUUGGGGUUGGUGGACUUAAGGAGCCUAAGAUAAUUUCUUACACCUUACCACUUGUCAUGGCGGUCUCAAAUGCUCCACUUCUUGUCAUAUGUGCACCUUGCCUUGUUGAUUUUGAUCUCAGAUGCAUCAAACCUAAGUUGUUCCUUGAGGCCCCUUCCUUGUCCAAUUUUAAUCUCUCCCUCGAGAAUACUUAUGAGCUCAGGUUGAAAAAUUGUGCUAAUAUACAAUGCCUUCAGCUCAGUGUAGAAUGCCUCUCUCUUGGUUUUUUGUUUACUAUGUUUCGUCACUGCAGCACUUUAGGUCCUGGAGCCUGGCAUGUGAUGGAGAAUUCAUUUAGACGGGGAGGUUUGGCAGAUGGGAUUGGUAUGAAGAUGAUAAAACAACUUAUUGCACAUCUAGUGGUCCAUGAAGUGGAGGGUACUCUUGCAUUUAUUUCUUCUGUUUUGGAUAAAAGCACCCAGUUGUGUGAUGUUUCUCUUCUUAUCCAUCGUGAUGUUGAUUCAUAUGUUGCUGGCGGCCUGAUCUCUUCAUGCAGAAGCAAAUUCCCAAGAGUGAGAUGGAGAUGGGGAAUAUGGAAAGAAGGAAUCAAGGAUACUUGGGUCUCUGAUGGCACCUAGUUUGGUGACUGCUAU